AUGCGUCAGUGGUCGAUACAAGGGUAUAGGUGCAGAAACGUGUGCAUAAACUUGUACGAGCGGUGCGAAGACAAGAUCGUAUUUUUGCUGGAAAUCUUAAGCAAACAUGGAGAGGAGCUUUACAUAUGCUAUGCUGGUUUGCGCAAUUUUUACGCUGAUAGCUCAAAUGAUUGGUGCGGAUAGUGGCCUACAAGUAGGACGUGAAGUGACAGGUAGACAUUCAGGCGUGACUGGCGAUAAACGGGGCUCUGUGCAUGGUUUCAGCUCUGGACUUAGUUUUGGAGCAUCACUUGGCGGGGGUUUCGGAGGAUUCCGUGGCAGCGAAGUACCAGAAGUCGGUGCCGAAGGUUACGCUAGGCGAGCAAGCGUAGGCACCGAAAAAUAUGAAAAAGCGUCAUCAACAAGUGCAGGAUAUCAGUCGGUUUCAAUCACGCAAUCGGGAUAGUAUUUUCCUCGAAAGGAUUGAAUAAAUCUAAAAAGAAAUGUAUUGCGACAACAGUA